AUGCGAAAUAUCGUGGGCACUGAAAACGAUUCCGAAGACAAAGGGCACGACUUGGACGCCGAAAGCCCUGACGAGUCUUCAGACGAGUACUUUGAGGAGGGAGAUGCUGGCGACUUGUAUGAUGAUUUUGUGGUCGAUGACAAGGAGACUGGCGAUGAAGAGGAAUACAAUGGGGAUGGAGUUGGAGGAGAAGAUGAUGAAGACGAAGAGCUUGACAGUGACGAAAAUGCGGAAGACGUGCACAUGAACGACAACUGUGGUGUCAAUGCAAAAACACUUGCAAUGAUGGAAGAAGAAGAGGACGGCUGGUGA